UGGCAUACCAGUACCUGUUUUAUUUCAAUUUCUUUCCAUUUUUGCAAGAAAAAAAAAGAAACAUCUAGAUAUUAGUUUCAGAUAUGAUGGUGUGAUUGUUAAAAUAAAUAUUCACAAUUUUUUACCUUUUUUUUUUCAAAUAGUUGUAAAUAAACGUGCAACGAACUCAAUCAGAUACGUUUGUGAGCAGAUCGGACGCGUAUAAACCAAUCAGAUAGCGUUGGAAUUCAGCUAACCAAUAGUAUUCAAUUAUACUGAAUACUUGACCAAUCCAAAGGCACGGUGUUGCUUCGAAAACGCCGAAGGCUUUAUGCGAAUGACCUAGCGCGCUAGCUACAUGUAAACACUCACUCUUACCUAAAAUAACAGUAAAUUCAGUUUUUGAAGGCGCUAUGAAGGUGGUGAACCUAAAACAAGCCAUUCUCCAAGCGUGGAAGGAGCGCUGGAGUGCCUACCAGUGGGCCAUCAACAUCAAGAAGAACUGUCCCAAAGGCGCGACGUGGGAUUACAUCAACCUCGCAGACGCGUUGCUGGAGCAGGCGAUGAUUGGACCUUCUCCGAACCCCCUGAUUCUCUCUUAUUUGAAGUAUGCCAUCAGUUCUCAGAUGGUGUCCUACUCCAGUGUUCUCACUGCCAUUAGUAAGUUUGAAGAUUUCUCACGGGAGCUUUGCAUCAAAUCACUCUUGGAGAUCAUGGACAUGUUCUCCCACUGUCUCAGCUGCCACGGUAAAGCGGAGGAAUGCAUUGGCCUGUGUCGGGCCCUGCUGGGUGCCGUGGUGUGGCUCCUGCAGGGCUGCGCCUGGUACUGUGAGAGGCUGAGGGAUCCAGGGGCUCUGGCCAGUGGAGAGGCCAGCCUCAGGGCCUGUCAGGAACGCCUGGAGAGCCUACUGCUGAGGACCAAGAAUAGAGCCCUGGUGCACAUCGCCCGCCUGGAGGAACAGGCUUCAUGGACCAAUGUGGAACAAGCUUUAAUCAAGCUCACCGAGAAUCUUGGCAGCUUGACAAAUCAGACGUUGAGAAGUAAGCUGGAAGAGUGUGUUUCAUUGGUCAAAAGUAUCCCACAGAUGCUGUGUAUGCAGUGUGAGCCUCCGGUCCAGACAUCCUUUCCUUCCGUGCACGCCUUUGUCAUGCUCGAGGGAACCAUGAACCUGACUGGCGAGAUCCAGCCCCUCGUCGAGCAGCUCAUGAUGAUCCGCAGGAUGCAGCGUAUUCCUGCGCCACUGUUCGUGCUAGAGGUCUGGAAGGCCUGCUUCACUGGGCUCAUCGAGUCUCCAGAGGGCACAGAGGAGCUCAAGUGGACCGCCUUCACGUUCCUCAAGAUCCCCCAGGUCUUGCUCAGGCUGAAGAAGUACCCACAAGGAGAGAGGGACUUCAUGGAGGACGUGCACGUGGCGUUUGAGUACCUGCUAAAGCUCACUCCACUACUGGAUAAGGCAGACCAGAGAUGCAACUGUGAUUGCCUGAGUCUGCUGCUUCAGGAGUGCAAUAAGCUUGGUUUGCUGUCGGAGUCCAACACAGCCAUUCUCACAGCCAAACGGACUCAGGACCGAGAGCAUGCCCCAAAGCUGAAGACUACAGAGAAUGCCAACAUCCAGCCCAACCCUGGCCUCAUCUUGCGCGCGGAGCCCACCGUCACCAACAUUCUCAAGACCGUAGACGCGGAUCACUCCAAGUCUCCGGAGGGGCUGCUGGGAGUCCUGGGCCACAUGCUGUCGGGGAAGAGCCUGGACCUGCUCCUGGCCGCCGCCGCCGCCACUGGGAAACUCAAGUCUUUCGCACGCAAGUUCAUUAAGUUGAACGAGUUUCCGAAACAUAUCACUGGUGAAGGAUCCAAGUCUGCUUCUGUGAGAGCACUGCUGUUUGAUAUUUCCUUUCUCAUGCUCUGUCAUGUUGUCCAGACAUAUGGAUCAGAGGUGAUCCUGUCGGAGCCCAGUCUGUCGGGCGAGCCGCCGUUCUUCGAGACGUGGCUCCUGAUGUGCAUGCCGGAGGAGGGGAAGACUCUGAACCCGGAGCACCCGUGUUUCCGGCCGGAGCCCGGCAAGGUGGAGAGCCUGGUGGCGCUGCUCAACACCUCCUCUGAGAUGAAGCUUGUUCAGAUGAAGUGGCACGAGAUAUGUUUGGGCACGCCUGCCGCUAUCCUGGAGGUCCUGAAUGCCUGGGAGAACGGAGUGUUGUCAGUAGAAGCGGUGCAGAAGAUCACUGACAACAUCAAAGGGAAGGUGUGCAGCAUGGCUAUAUGCGCAGUGGCCUGGUUGGUGGCUCACGUUCGGAUGCUGGGAUUGGACGAGAGGGAGAAACCUCAGACUAUGAUUCGCCAGCUCAUGACCCCGCUCUACGGAGAAAACACGCUGCAGUUUUACAACGAACGAGUGGUCAUCAUGAGCUCCAUCCUGGAGCGCAUGUGCGCUGAUGUCUUCCAGCAGACGGGUCAGUCCCUGCGGGGCAUGGCGGAGGGCCAGCAGGAGCCCCUCCCGUACCGCGGGCUGCUCCCACCCCGCCAGCCCAUCCGCCAGGCCCUGCACACCCAGUUCCGCCUGGUCCUUACAAAGGGCUGGGUUGAUUCACAUGCCCUGCACCUGUUUGAGAGCCUGCUUCACAUGGGCGGAGUGUUCUGGUUCACCAACAACCUGGUCAAGGAGCUCCUGAAGGAGACCCGUAAGGAAUGGGCCUUCCGUGUGGUGGAGCUCCUCUACAGCAUAUUCAGUUUGGACCUGCAGCAGAUCACACUCACUCUCCUGGGCCAUAUUCUGCCCAACCUGCUAACAGACCCCGCCCACUGGCACAGCCUGGCAGACCCGCCGGGCAGAGCCCUCGCCAAGCUCUCUGUGUGGUCUGCCCUCAGUUCCUACUCGUCUCACCAUAAACUCCACACCUCGGUCCGACAGCGCAAAAGACAGCGAGAAGACAUAGAGGACUACAGCAGUCUGUUCCCACUGGACGAUACGCAGCCGUCCAAGCUGAUGCGUUUGCUGAGCUCCAACGAGGAUGAGCCGGCUGUGUUGUCUAGCCCAGGUGACCGCACAAUGAGUAGCUCACUGUCAGCUGCUCAGCUCCACACCGUCAACAUGAGAGACCCCCUCAACCGUGUGCUGGCAAAUCUGUUCCUGCUCAUCUCCUCCAUCCUGGGCUCCAAGACUGCUGGCCCUCAUACCCAGUUUGUGCAGAGCUUCAUCAAGGAGUGUGUGGAGUGUACUGAGCAAGGAAGUCGUGGGAGCAUUCUUCAGUUUAUGCCCUUUACUAUGGUGUCUGAGCUGGUGAAGCUUCACGUUCUGGCCAAACCCAGAGUCAUCUUGUCAAUCACGGAUAUGACCCUCCCUCUGGGCAGGAGAGUGGCCGCCAAAGCCAUUGCUGCUUUGUAGAGUAGAGAAAACACACACACACACACACACAUACACACACACACUGCUGGGUCUCAUUGAUGCUGGAGGCAUGUGCUGGUGCUUCCCAUUAGACAAUAACAAAGCUGAUAAACUGAUUCAUAUUGUGUAUAUAUUGCCCUUAAAAAAAAAAAAAACCCGAAUAAAUAAGGAGAAAUUCA